UGUAAAUUUUACACGGGAAUUUCCCUUCGAUCCCUGACCAAAUUUUCACAGAAUGAACAGACACCAAAACAAAAUCCCAGAUGCGCAAAACAUCGUUCAAAGCGUUCCAAACACAGCUUACUACAUUCCCAACUUCAUAACUGAACAAAAUGAACAAUUCUUGCUCAACAAAAUCUACAAAGCACCAAAAACAAAAUGGACCUGUUUGUCUAAUAGGCGAUUACAGAAUUGGGGUGGUAUACCGCAGCCAAAAGGGAUGCUAGCUGAAAAAUUACCGGACUGGUUAACAGAAUGUUGUGAAAUGAUACAAUCUACCAACGUGGUAAAUAAAACUCCAAAUCAUGUUUUAGUAAAUGAAUACAAGCCAGGACAAGGAAUUAUGCCACACAAAGACGGACCACUGUAUUAUCCAACUGUUGCUACAAUAAGUCUAGGGUCUCAUACUUGCUUAGAUUUUUAUGAUGACGUAAAUGAUCAUGGAAGUAAUGAUUUGAAUAGCAGAUAUAAAUUCUCAUUUCUGCUUGAAAGAAGAAGUUUAUUGAUUUUAAAAGAUUCGAUGUAUGAAGAUUUUUUACACGGCAUUAGUGAAAGACAAACUGAUCAAAUUCACCAAACCUUUAUAAAAAAUUCGCAACAAGUUGGUGACUGUGUCACAAAAACAGCUUUAUUAAGCAAUAAAAAAGUUUCACUUCAACGAGAAAACACUAGAUUGUCCCUAACAAUUAGAUUUGUUCCAAAGACAUUUAAAUUAAAAUUUGUUUCAUAAAAUUGUUCAAUUUAUUUCCAUUUUUUUAAACAAAUUUUUAUUUGUGUUGAAGCAGGUGCUUUUUAUUUAUUUUUUAAUAUUUUUUAACAAGGACCAAAAUAUUUGGCUUAAAUAGAUGACACAAAACCACAAGAUUUAUUUUAUGCUAAAUAAAGACCCACUAGGCUUAAAUUUGCACU